CACUUAUUAUUAUUGUGUCUCCAUGUUUAAUAUGAUGUAUAUUAUUUUUUCUUAUUAUUUCUCAUUAAGAUUGAAAAUUAAGACUAUAUAUAGAGUCUGCCAGGAAAAGGAAAAACAGGAAAACAUAAGAAAUUGGGUCAGUUACUGAGCGCUGGCAGAAAUUUACAGCUCCUCCGGAUAGGUGACAGAUCUCUCAGCCGACUAGUUAAUUAAGCUGGAUGUAGGAGGACUCCUCGAGCACAGUUAACCUGUCAACAGCAGCGUGAUGAGGAGCACAAACAAAGGGAGCCUCUCAAUUAGAAGAGCAGCACACCGAAUGUAAACAACUUUGUUGUUAGUCCCCACACUUGCUGUCCACACACACACACACACACAAAUGUCCAAAAACACUGCAGGAUAUGGUAUCACAGACUCGUUCUUCUGAAGACGCUGGGCUGAAGACAGGGAUUCAGAAGAAACAUUGAAUAAUUGCUCAUUUUUAGAAACCGUUAGGAAUGAAAAUGGUUUGGAAAAACACUGACCAGGAUAUUUUUUCCAAAUAAAUGUCAGAUGAUCCAGAUUUUUGUAACAUGACUGAUUCGGAUAUUGUUCUUUCCACAUUUUUUUCAAGAGUUUAUUACGUAAAACAACUCGUUCCUAAACGCGUGAAUCCAUAAAUGGUCCGGUGGUGGCGCUAUCAUCGCGACAUUCUGUUUAUAAAUAAGAGUCAUGCGAGUUCUGAUAGGUGGAAAGAUUGUUGAAAAUUCCCAGCACUGCUCAGGGAUUGGCUACUAUUUCAGUAAUCCAAAAUGGCCGCCUGCAGCCGUUAUCGAACGUCUCGCGCUAACGAGUAAUUAACGAGCUGUUUUGAGGUUCUUCCGCGGUUCGUUUGUUUCAGUCGAUGCGGUGACCUUCUCUGGCAUUUCCAGCCUUUCUCUGUGUGGCAGCGCCAACCUGAAACACAAACAGCAUCCAGGGCACAGCUGGCACCGCUUUGAGCAGAGUUCAGAGGGCCCUCCUCCACUAAAUUUGCAGCAGGAGAGCAAAGAGCCCACACAGGAUCACCCCUCUACGACUGAUGAACUGGACACGCCCACCUCCAUCGCCUCGGUGAUGACCUCCACCAACGAGAGCUCCACAGAGACGGACACGCCGCAGCAGACGGACACCGAGGAGUCAAAAACUGUAGAACAAGAAGGUGAACAGACCCUGGUUGAGACUCCAGAAUCCCCAGAGACACCACUUCAAACUUUGGAGACCUCCGAUGCACCGGAACUCACGUCGACUCCAGUGGUUAAAGACAAAACUCCCGUUGAUCAGCCUGUUCCAGAAACAAACCCAGAGUCCAAUGAGUCUGUCUCACCAACUACCACCACCACCACCAGCAGCAGCAGCAGCACUACAGCGCCACCACAGCCUCAGGUGGCACUGCAGCCUGGGGAACCUCAGCCAGUGAAUCCUGACAUCAGCCAGAGCAGAGGGUACGCCCUGCCUGACACUUACAGAGGUGAACUAUGCGCUGGAUAUGGAACCUUGUCCCGAGCCACCCUCCAAAACUACUGGCCUGGAAAAAACUUCCAGCCUGGGGCUCACUACACCUUACCUUUCCUCAGAGACAGCUACGCCCCUGCAGGACACGGCAGUCAGAGUGAGGAGGAUGGAACCAGCGACAGGAGAGAAACUCCCCUGGACGUGAAGACUGACCACUCCACUGCCAGCUACCCAACGCUGGCAGGGAUCCACCAGUUCAGGCCGUUCACCACCAUGGAGCUCCUCAGAGAGCCCUCCAGAACCAGAGGCGGCUACGAUGACGCCUUUAUGGCGCAGCUGGAGAACAACCUGAACCCUUACUUCCAGGCCAUGUGCCGAGCUCAGACCCUGCAGUUCCCUCACAAACGCAGCAGCAUGGUCAGCCUGGACAGCAUCCGCAGAGACCCGCGCUGGAGGGACCCCAACCUGCACGAGGUCAUCUCCAUGCUGAGUCACCCCAUGGACCCGGUUAAGUCCAACGCAGCUGCCUACCUGCAGCAUCUUUGUUACGAGAACGAUCGCAUCAAACAGGAGGUUCGCCAGCUGAGUGGAGUCCCCAUCCUGGUGGAACUACUGGACCAUCCUAAACCUGAGGUCCACCGCAAGGCCUGUGGGGCUUUACGCAACAUAUCCUUUGGGAAAGACCACAAUAACAAGAUGGCCAUCAAGAACUGCGAUGGCAUUCAAGCUUUGGUCCGACUCUUGAGGAAGUCUAGCAGCAUGGAAGUCAAAGAACUGGUCACAGGCACUCUGUGGAACCUCUCCUCACACGAGCCACUGAAGAUGACAGUCAUCAACCACGGGCUUCAAACCCUGACAGAUGAAAUCAUCAUCCCGCACUCGGGCUGGAGGAGGGACACCGUGGAUCCGGCGAAAAUGCAGAGUGCAGAGUGGACCACGGUUUUUAAAAACACCUCUGGAUGUCUGAGGAACGUCAGCUCGGACGGAGCAGAGGCUCGACAGAGGUUGAGGGACUGUCAGGGGCUGGUGGAUGCACUGAUUCACGCUCUGCAGUCGGCUAUUGUCCACAAGGAUACUGAUAACAAGUCAGUGGAGAACUGCGUCUGCAUUCUGCGAAACCUGUCCUACCACGUCCACAAAGAGAUUCCAGGAGCCGAGAGAUUUCAGGAGCCACACUGCAGCCACCUGAUGAGGUCCGUGGGACAACAGAAGAAGAAGAACGAACCCGACUGUUGUGUUGGGAAAAGGCCCAAAGAGGAGUGGUUCAACCAAGGUUGGAAAAAUGGAUUUAUGGACAGAAAGUACGGUACUUUGGAUUUACCAAAACGUACAGAACAAAUGAAAGGCUUGGAGCUGCUGUACCAGCCGGAGGUGGUGAGGCUCUACCUCUCCCUUCUCACCUGCAGUCACAACCACAACACUCUGGAAGCGGCUGCGGGAGCGCUGCAGAACCUUGCUGCAGGACAGUGGGCUUGGUCGAGCUACAUCCGCGCUACAGUGAGGAAAGAAAAAGGGCUCCCCCUUCUGGUGGAGCUCCUGCGCUCAGACGUGGACAAAGUGGUGCGAGCCGUGGCUAUUGCUCUUCGUAACCUGGCCAUGGACCGACGGAAUAAAGACUUGAUAGGGGGUUACGCUCUGAGGGACCUGGUCAACAACCUGCCGUGUGGACAGCAGCACCCGGCAAAGAAUCUAGAGGGCGAUACUGUGGUGUCCAUAUUGAACACCAUCCAUGAGAUCAUCACAGACAACCCUGAGAACGCCAGAGCCGUCAUACAGGGUCACGCCGUCCAGAAACUGGUGGCCAUCAACAGGUCCAGCCAAUCAGCACGGGAGAGCAAGGCAGCUUCACAUGUACUCCAGACCAUAUGGGCCUACAAAGACCUGAGGAACACCUUGAUCAAAGCAGGUUGGACCAAGAGCCACUUCAAGCCACCGACUACAGGAACAACUAAAAAGUCCAAGAGUGCAAAGCAAGGAGGCGAUGACAUCACCUUACCUCUAAUGGACAAAAACCAAGAUGUGUACGCCAGCCUAGAGCCAAGUGAUAGGGUCGGAGAUGGAAAAGGGCCGGUGGUGGAAAGAGACGCUCUGCAGGUAAAUGAUGCUGUGAGUGAAAGAAAACACUUCAUUAGAGCUGGCAGGCCUGCAGUGGGCCUCAUGGAUAACAAACCUCCACCACUGGACUCCUGGGUGUGAACAUGACCACAGCGCCGCAGCAGACAGUUCCAACCUGGAAGAGACUCAUUCUCACGGUGAACCACAGAUUUAUGACAUUUAAUCAUUCUUGUGCAGACAGAGAAAAAAAAAAAGAAGAAAAUUCAGUCAAAAACAGUUUCUCUUUGUUGUAGUGCCAACGUAGGGUGGAGAUCAUGGAGCGGGAGAUUAGUUUGAGUUCCUUAUUUUGGGAUUUCAAUUGUGAAUGAUGACAUAUGAUUUCUGAAGAAAAAAAAAAUCGAAAUAUGCAAAUGGUGAAAUGAGAGUCCAAAGAAUAUAUGACGUGUACAGUAUAAGUUUUACAGCUACUCGAUUACGUGACCAUUUAUGAUACUACUAGUAUAAAGACCUUAACAGACAUGUGGUUUGAGUUUGGUCUGUUUACCUAACCUGAGGAAAUCACCAUCCGUAGGCAGUUUUGAAGGUUUUCAGACUUAGAUUAACGCUCCGGAGGAAACCCAUAUUAAAUACUUUCAUAUAUUUUUGUUGGUGUUUGAGGUCAACAUGAAGUGACUCUGGUCAAUUUUGUCGUCAAACGCACUCAAAUGAUUUGGAUUUCAUUUUGUACCUAACGACAAUAUUAUCAGAUUUGACUGUGCAACAGCUAAUAUUCUCUAUUACCUGUAUUUCAUUGAACGGUGGAACAAGAUUGUAAAUGUGUAACUAAGGACUGUUAAUAAUCCAAACGAGGGCAUUUAUAUUGUAAUAUUUAUUAUUGUAAUACCCAUGUUAUUAAUUUAAAGUUAUUGAUGUGUAUUCCCUAAUACCAGUAACUAAUCCUAUAUUCAGUACAACUCUGCUUUGCAGUGGUCCUUUUGCAUUGCAAUGUAGAAUGAAAAAUAAAAUGAUCUGCAUUAUUUCUCAUUUCCUGUUGAAACACUAUUAUGUUCCAUAGACUGUUUGUCGUUUUUAAGUGACAUCUCAUGAGUCAAAAUGUUGCUUUAAAAACAAAGAGGUCAUGUCUAGCCUAGCCUAGCCUAGCCAUAGCUAACAUAGCAUGUUAGAGGUCCCUUCUUCAGCAGAGAUAUUUACUGACCACCAGGAAAACAAAUGUGCUCAACAUAAAAUAAACUGUACAUGGAACUAGUUACAGAAAAAUUGGCUAAACUAGCCUAGCCUUGCCCAGCCAAGCAGAGGUUAGCCUAGCUUACCAACUGCAACUGUUAUGAGGUAUAAAAAGGUUUUGUUAUAGUUUAUGUAGUUUUUUUCUGCAAAACUAAAAGUUGCAGAAAAUUUUGAGUUUUUGGCCUAAAAAUCUAA